CAAACCGUUACCCUCUCGAACUUUUAGGACUCCUGACUCCCAAACCCACUGAGAUCAUGUCGUACGGAUCACCUGGCGGAGGUUACGGCGGUCAAUAUGGCGGAGCUCCAGGCGGGGGAUAUGGCGGUGGAGGCUACAGCGGGGGAUACGGAGGGUCUUCAGACGGCUACGGCGCCGCGUCUGGUGGCGGAUAUGGUGGAGGCGGCUACGUUGGCUAUGCAGAGCCAGGAGGCUUUGCGCCUACAAGAGGACACCAUGGGCCACCGCCUGGGGCCGAUCCUCAGCUCUGGGCUUGGUUCACUGCGGUGGACACAGACCGAUCCGGCCAGAUCAGCAUUCAUGAACUCCAGAAAGCGCUGAUCAAUGGCGACUGGACACCGUUUGACCUCGACACGGUCAAGAUGUUGAUGUCGAUCUUCGAUACCGAUCGCACUGGCACGAUCGGCUUCAACGAGUUCUCGGGUCUUUGGAAGUACAUCAAAGAUUGGCAAAACGUCUACCGACACUUCGAUCGCGACCGUUCUGGAACGAUCGAUGUGCGUGAACUGCGCGAAGCGCUCACGCAGUUCGGGUACAAUCUCACCCCACCCGUGCUCAACCUUCUGGAACGUAAAUACGACAUCCACGAAGGCUCAGGCGUGGGCGCGAGCGGAUCGCAAGGCACGGGUGCGCCGCCGGGGAUCACAUUCGACCGCUUCGUGCGCGCAUGCGUCGUCGUCAAACAGCUCACGGAGUCGUUCCGCCGACUCGACACGGACAAGGACGGGUGGAUCCAGAUUAACUACGACCAGUUCAUGACGACGGUUCUCAGUGCGCCGUAG